CAUUUCACCACUUAACCACUUGCUAUUGCCAGCAAUAGCUCAUGCUUCUCAUAUUCGUACUCGCUAUACACAUUAUCGGACACUAGGCUGCUACUGGAGUCAUCAACUAAAACUACAUCACAUGGAUCACGUGAGAAAUAUCACGUGUAUAAGUACUCAUCUCGCCAUCUCCGCCAUACUCCACCACCAACCAUGGACUACUCCGGAAGAGUCAACGCCAAGAAAGGUGGCGGUGGUGUGGCCGGCACCGAAGAGACAAAUGUUCACACUCGAAGGAGAAUCAAAGAGCUUCUCGCCACGCAAGUCUUGGACUUGGAAAACGACCCAUAUGUGUUCAAGAACCAAUUGGGUCUUCUUGAAUGCAAAUUGUGUCUCACGACCCAUGUGAGUGAAGCGUCGUAUAUCUCCCAUUUGGGAGGCAGAAAGCAUCAGAUGAAUCUCGAAAAGAGAAAGGUUUUGGACGAGAAGUUGAACCACAAGCAGUCCAAGAACAUCUCGGGACUCUCGAUUACAAAUACCCCCAAACGGAGCUGGGUCAAGAUUGGCAAGCCGUCCUACAAGGUGACCAAGGUGAGGGAUCCUGAGACGUUGAGGGUAGGAUUGCUAGUCAAUGUUAAAUAUCCCCAGAUUGGAGAGUUGGAGCCACGGUUCCGUAUCAUGUCGUACUACGAGUUGACUUCCAAGAACCAGAACGUUGCCACGUCGUUCAUCCACAGGGAGGCAUCGAAGGCAGAUGUCGAAAAGUGUCAGUAUUUGGUGAUAUCUGGUGAGCCAUAUGAGAACUUGUGCUUUGUCAUUCCAGGAGACAGGGAGAUCAGCAAGCCUGACGACAUGUUUGAGAUGUCCGAUACCUAUUGGUGGUACUGGGACAAGGAUACGAAGGAGUACUUUCUCCAGUUUAUGUACGGCGUGAAGUAGGUGAAGUGGUACAAUUCAGGAUAAAAUCCACGGGAUCAAACUCGUGACUAAAGCCCUUGUUCCGGUGUUUUCAUCAGCAUGUGUCUACUUUCAAAUGGCUAUUUGUGGUUUC